AUGGAGCGUGCGGAGAGCUGCGGCAAGAGCGUGACGACGAGUGAGGAGGAGGAGGUGAUGCCGGAGUCGGAGGAGGGAGAGGUGAUGAUGAUGCAGGAGCAGGACGGUGGUGCGGCGGCGGCGGCGGAAGCCAUGGCGCCGGCGCAGACCGACGUGAGGAUGGACGUGGCGCUGCUCCACUGCCAGGCCUGCCUCCUCCCCCUCAAGCCCCCCGUCUUCAAGUGCGAGGCCGCCGGGCACGUGCUGUGCUGCUUCUGCCGCGCCGGCCACGCGGGGCUCUGCAGCCGCGCCAGCGCCCACUGCGGCGAGCUGGACGUUGUCGUCGGCGCCGUCAAGGUGCCCUGCCCCUACAGGGCGUUCGGCUGCGACCGCUACCUGGUGUACCACGAGGCCGCGGGCCACCAGCGCGCGUGCCGGUGCGCGCCCUGCUCCUGCCCGGAGCCCGGCUGCGUCUUCGUGGGCUCCCGCGCGACGCUCCUCGGCCACUUCGCCGCCGGCCACCAGCGCCCCGCCGUGACGGUCCGCUACGGCCGGGCCUGGAACGAAGUAUGCGUUUGA